AUGAAACCAGCCACCAUAUUUUGUUCGUUAUUCGUUUUGGUUACUCUCUUGGAUUGUUUCGUUCUUUCGGUCCAUCUUACUUCGAAUUUACAUGCUAGGAAUGUAAAUGAAACAAAUUCACCGUCUUCAUAUUAUUAUAAACAAUUUAUUGAUCACCAUAAUAAGUUAUAUGGAACUUUUUCUCAAAAAUUCUUCGUUAAUUCUACUUAUUAUAAGCCCGGUGGUCCUAUUUUUCUCCAUACACCUGGUGAAGAUUCAAUUGAUCCUAUGGUAGUUAAAGCUUCUGGAGUCAGUGAAAUUGUCGCAAGUUUCAAUGGAUUGCUUAUUGUUAUUGAACAUCGUUAUUACGGUGAAAGUUACCCACCGAUUAAAAAUCUUACCACUCCAAAUAUGAAAUUCUUAACUGUUAACCAAGCACUUGCUGAUUUUGCUGAGUUUAUAAAAAAUCCACCAACUGACAUAAUAAAGAUUCCUAAAAAUGCUAAGUGGAUUUUUGUUGGAGGUUCAUAUGCUGGAAAUUUGGCAACAUGGAUGCGCAAGAAAUUUCCUAAACUCGUAUUUGCUGCUUGGGCUUCUUCAGCUCCUUUACUCACAAAACUCGAUUUUUUCGAAUAUGAUCUAGCAAUUGGUCAUGCACUUCCAUGUCGCGAUAGAGUUGCAGAUGCAUUUAAAUUAUUUAUUGAUCCAAUUUUAUUAUCUGGGAACCGUACACAGAUUGCAUCCCUUAAAUCACAAUUCGGUCUUGAUGUUUUAGAUGAUGAUCAAGAUUUUGCUUCAGCUAUUAGUUAUCCAAUUACUUUGAUGGUUCAAUCAUAUUUUCCACCUACUUCUCCUUCAGAAAUUGAUACUAUUGCAACAUUUUGUGGUGCAUUCGCCAAAGCUCCUGAUAAUAAACCAGAAACUUCAACACUAAUUUUGGCUCAAGUUAUCAAAUUCUAUUUGAACACAACUGGACUUGUUACUCCUGAUGCUAUCAAAAAGAUCUUUGCUACUUCAGCACUUACUACUUCGAUUGUACCUAACAAUUUAGUUUCAUUCUUAUAUCAGUACUGCACAGAGUUUGGUUGGUAUCAAACAGCGCCAAAACCACCAAAACAAAGGUUUCGAUCACAAAUCGUCGAUAGGGAAUAUUAUCAAAAACAAUGUAACUUUUUGUUUCCUGAAAUUCCACCACCACAUGUUAAAAAAAUUAAUCACCGAUUUGGAGGAAAUACUGGUGAAUUUGAUCCAUGGAAACCUCUGACGAUUAGUGAAUCAACUCAUAAAACUAUCUCACGAAAUACUGUUUUCUUAAUCAAAAAUGCAUCUCAUAUUAAUGAUUUGAGAUUUCCAACAUCUGUCGACAAUGAUUCAUUGAAAUGUGCAAGAAAAUUCAUUAUAGAAACUUUGGCUAAAUGGUUAUGCUUGAAAUGUAUCACUGAUGUAUCAGGAUUUGUAAAAUGCCA